GUCUCUGCUGGAUUGUUACUUCUUUUCAAAAAUUUUGAUGUGAGGAUAAACCCAACUCAAACCACACCGUCAUGACACGCAAAUUUAACCCGGUCGGCCUCGCUCACCAGUCGUCGACCUUCACUACGCUCUGUUCGCAAUCGACAAUGGCUUCACAGCAAGAGGGAGAGCGAGAGUCCGCUUCUAGAGGAGUGGAGCACGGGAAGGAGGGCAUGUCGCCAGAAGAUAUGAGACAGUAUCGUGUCAUCGCCCAGCAGAACUCUAUCGAGUCCCUUAGCGCCGCGGAGAAGCGCUACGCGAAGGCAAAGAACGCUGGCGCUGCGGAGAUCCACAACACCAAAGAGGCCGUCACGCACGGACUCGACGCCGCAGGGGCUUUCGCCGUUGCCAAGGGCGCCGAGGCCACCCAGGGGGUGCAUGUUGUGGCAGAAAAGGGCAUUGAGGCGAAAGAUUACGCGGCCGAGAAGACGCGCGUCGCGGCGGAAGCUGCUGCACAGGAGAUGGCCAAGAGGGAGAAAGCAGAGGAAGUAAAAGAAGCAGCCAAAUCGAUGGCUCAGAAGGCCAUGGAGAAAGCACAGGAAGCAAGGGAAGCAGCGAGAGAGACAGGGGAAGUGGCUAUGAAGAGAGCCAGAGAGAAGGCAGAGGAGGCAAUAGAGGUGGCCAAGAGAGCCCUGGAGUAUGCAGGGACUAAGGGAGAAGGAUCAUUAAAGGACAAGGACAAAGCGACUCUCAAGCAAGCUAAAGAAUACGCUGGUCAGAAAGCAAUUUUAGUCCAGGAAAAAGUGGGAGAGGAGCAAAAGGAAGGGAGAGGAGAACAUGGUGAACCAAAGCAAGCCGAAGAUCCACUAUAGAUAGUGUUGGAAUACUCAAAGUUAUUGGUGUGGCUGUGAUCGAAAUUGCUAUGUCAACACCCGAUAUGAUCAUAGGAUUAGACCCGCUCGACCCGUGCGGAAGCAAUGCUGUGAAGAAUCACCUUUUGCUUCAACAAGAAUAUGAUGGUCCUCCCGGUAAAACGCAGCGGUAAGAGUGGAUAUCCAAUGUGACGAACUGUUCCCUCUACCGGAUUUAUGAGUGGGCGAACAGGGGGAAUGACUAGUUGGACCUAAGGUCCAGAUAUUGGAUUAAAAAAAUAUAGACGUAAAUAAUAAAAUGGCGAAAAGUUUUGUAAA